AUGCCCGACACAUCCGUCUUCGACAUCGACUAUCCAUUUCCAGAUCUCGACCCUGUUCGAGCACGAGAGCAGCUAAGGUACGCAGCUGCAGAGCUGUCCGAGCGCGGUCUGGCAUCUUCAUCAAGAUGGACGCUCGAGCUUCUGCAAUCGGUCCCUUACACGGACUUUAGCUACGGGAAGCGUCUCUUCUCUGAAGAAAGUCGUGAGGACGAGUUGGCAAUCGGCACAAUGACGCCAGCAACGAAGCGCCGCCCAAAUCGAAGAUCACUCAUACCAGAGCACUCGACACCCGCUCUUGGCAUACAGCAGCGCAUGUCCGUGGAGCCGAACGCUGAGGAUGGGUCAAUAGGCGAAGUCUCUGGGCGGUUCAAUUCCAACGCAUACGCAUCGUCGCCUCUCGCAAGCGCUCGUCUGGGUCACAUAGCAUCGCCAAGAGGCGAUCCAGACAGCUCUAUCAUCACAGUCGACAGUGAGGAGGGCGGCGGCGGCGCCGGGUCCGCUCACGUACACUGGCAAUCGAAUACCAACUCUGUCGAUUGCUCCCCUGGGCAGUCACAACUUCGCUAUGACGGCGCACAGACUGUGUCAUCAGCAUUGGAGGAAGAGUCAUAUAUGCUUGCCAAGAGUCACUUUGACCAACACCAACUCGAGCGAUGCAUCUGGGUCUUGGAGAACAGCAAAAAUACGUCCGACAAGGCUCGGUUCCUGCGGCUGUACGCAAGGUUCCUCAUGUCAGAACGCAAGCUCGACGAACACGGCAUGAUCAUUCCGAAGCCAACCGGAACGUUGCCGGCUACGUCGCCAAGCCUGGUACCCAUCCUCAAGGAGCUCAUCCAUGCUGUCGACCCGUUCUUGCUCUUCCUGAAGGGCGCAAUCCUGCGAAAACUGAACCGGCCCAUCGAGGCCAUGGACUGCCUGAUUCGAUCCGUGCAAAAUUUUGCGUACAACUGGGCGGCAUGGCAAGAGCUGGCGAUGACGUUGGAGCCAGGAGAGGCGGAUCAGAUGGCUGACUUGCUGCCCGAAUCUUUCAUGGUCAGCUUCUUCCGUGAGUUUCUCGAUCGUCAUUCGGCACAGGAAGGCGACCUUACUAUCGCCCGCAUCGACCGACUACUCGAAUCCUUCCCGCGUUCUGCUCACUUGCUCACCAGUCGCGCACAGACGAACGUUCACCGGCUAGACUAUAUCGAAGCUGAACAAGAUUUCCAAGAAGCAUGGUCGAUUGACCCUUACCGCAUCGACGGACUCUCCGACUACUCGAAUGCACUAUACUUGCUCAAUCGAACAGCGGAGCUAGCAUACCUCGCGCACAAAUUCAGCUCGUUUGCAAAAGACCGACCUGAAGUAUGCUGCUUGGUAGGCAAUUACUACAAUCAACGUAGCGACCACCACCGUGCCAUUGAAGCCUUCCGACACGCCCUGCGUCUUGACUCUGGUUGCGUACCCGCCUGGAUCUUGCUAGGACACGAAUACAUCGAGCUCAAGAACAGUCAUGCUGCCGCGGAGAUGUACCGACGAGCACUCAAAAUCAACCCUCGCGAGUACCGCGCUCUGUACGGACUUGGACAAGUGUAUGAGCUCAACGGUGCUUACACGUAUGCGGUCAACUACUUUCAGAAGUGUGCAGCGAUUCGACCAUAUGACGGACGCAUGUGGUCGAGUAUGGGUAUCUGCUACGAUCACUUAGGCCGAGCCCAAGACGCUAUCUCUUGCUUCAAGCGAUACCUCGCUUGUCGUCUCAAUCAGGGAGACACGGUGAUUGGGUUGACGAGGAUCAUCGAGGUAUAUGAAAAGGAGCGAGACUUUGAAGCUGCUGCAUCGUACCACCGUCGAUUGGUGCAGGUCGUGGACAGAGCGCUGGCAGGAACAGAGUCGAAUGUCGUGGCACGGUAUGCGAGAUCAUACAUCAUCGCAGCAAGGUGGGAGAUGGGCGAGAUCGGAGACAAAGCAGCACAACAGAGAGCGGAAGCAGCAGGUAUGGCUACGAGAGACGAAAUGGAUCAGGACGCGGAAGAGGGCUCGCAGAACAAGGUUGGAAACUUGGCUCUGGCCAAUGACUACCUGCAAAAGGUGAUUGCAGCAGGCACCGAGAUGACAGACAGCGCAGAGAUCUUGCUCAAGCGUUUGGCUUUCUUGCGUGAUUGA